AUGGCGGAGGGAAUGCGCGACGAGCAAGAAGGGCCAUCGCGGGCCUCGACCGUGCCCGCCAUCAUCACCACCAACGCCUCGUCUUCCAGCAUCAUUCAUCACGACUUGUCCACCUCCGCCUCCAAUAGUCCGACCAUCUUCAAUCGCGGCGAUCACAGCCCCAGCUCUCCCAAUCCCAGUUUCCUCCGCUCUUCACAAAGUUUUCCUAUCGGUUCCGCCUCCGAUGUGACCGCUACGUCAAACGGAUACCAGCAGCAUGCCAGAAAGGAUUCCCGCGCCCUUCCGGCUGCCAGCAACGGCUCCGUCAAGAAUCUCGCCUCCUCCCCGACGUUUGCCCAGUCCAGCGCCGACUCGAGCGCCAUCGAUCCCCUGUCUCAACAUAUCAUUAAAAGAACCAACACCCAAAAAACCAUCCCGUUGAAGCUGUUAGGAAGAGCCUCCACCGAGGCGGAGCUGGGCGGCAGCGACCCACGCGCCUCGUUGGACCAUGGCUCUGCUCGCGGAGAGACUGCGCUGCAUACGAAGCCUUCGAAGGAGAAGAAGAAAGGAGUGUCCUUCCUGAGUCGAAUCAUCCCUGGCAAGAAGAAGGCCCAGUUCCCGGACGACGAGGACGAUGUCUCUGAACCCGAAACCAGCCGCAUGGAUCCCGACGCUGCCGCUCAGCCCAUAGGCUUCGUACCGCGAUUCCCUCCCCCGCCGAAAUACAUCCGCGUGCGCGCACACUACAAGAAGGAGAAGACGUUUAACCGGGUCUUCCUGGCUCAGGAGCUGGACGGCGCCGACGACUCGGCCAGCGUCUCGGACCAUGACGCAGUCUCCACAGCCGGCCCGCAGAAUGAGAGAUAUACGGGCAAAGCCAUCUGGGCCCUGGUGUUUUCCAAUGAUGGCAAAUACAUGGCUGCCGCCGGGCAGGACCGCAAGGUGCGCGUCUGGCAGGUCGUGGCAUCGCCGGAGGAUCGCAGCCCCAGUGAGCCGGAGAGCGACGACGAUGCGCCACGACUAAACGCGCAAGUGUUCAAACCCCAACCGAUCCAGGUGUACGAGGGCCACACCGGCAGUAUCCUGGAUCUCAGCUGGAGCAAGAACAAUUUCCUGCUUUCCUCCUCCAUGGACAAGACCGUCCGGCUGUGGCAUGUCAGCCGACCCGAGUGUCUGUGCUGCUUCCAACACAGCGAUUUCGUCACCUCCAUCCAGUUCCACCCGCGCGACGACCGGUUCUUCCUGGCUGGGUCGCUGGAUACGAAACUGCGACUCUGGAGUAUUCCGGACAAGAGCGUGGCCUUCGUGGCCACGGUCCCCGACAUGAUUACAGCGGUGGCAUUCACGCCGGACGGACGACAUUCGAUCUCGGGCAGUCUGAACGGACUGUGCAAUAUCUACGAGACAGAUGGCCUCAAGGCGGUUGGACAGAUCCAUGUGCGCUCGGCUCGCGGUCGCAACGCCAAGGGCAGCAAAAUCACCGGAAUUGACACCAUGUCGUUGCCACAUGGCGACCCCCACGGCGACGUCAAACUGCUAAUCACCAGCAACGACUCCCGCAUUCGACUCUACAACUUUCGCGACCGCACGCUCGAGGCCAAAUACCGAGGGAACGAGAACACGUGCAGCCAGAUCCGCGCCUCAUUCAGCAAUGACGGGAAACAUAUCAUCUGCGGCAGUGAGGAUCGCCGCACCUAUGUCUGGCCGGUGGGGCCCGUGGAGAAAGACGCCGACAAACGGGCUGUGGAGGUCUUCGAUACGCAAUCCGCCCUGGUGACGGCCGCCAUCAUGGCGCCCAGCCGCGCCAAACAAGUCCUAGGAUUCUCCGAGGAUCCCAUCUAUGAUAUCUGCAAUCCGCCUCCCGUGACGCUCGUCAGUCAGGCCGACAAGGAGAACGGACGAGCGAACCGCAUGUCGGCCGCCAGCAAGCUCGCGCAAGACUCUCCGACGUUCAUGUCGCGCUCGACACACCCAGAUGGAAAUAUCCUCGUCGUGGCGGACUACGCCGGGAAGAUCAAGGUCUUGCGACAAGACUGCGCCUAUCAGAAACGGCGCUACGACAGCUGGGACACGCAUUCCACGAUCUCGCGACGCAUCCUGCGACGCACCAACUCGGCGCGCCACAGUAUUGCCUCCUCCAUCGGCAAGGAUUCGAUGAAGACGACGCCGUCGGACCGCAUCAUUUCAUGGCGCAACUCUGUUAUUCGACAUGGCAACCGCUCGGGCAUGCGUACGCCGCGCACCCGCAGCCCGUCUCCCCACAAGUCACUGCGUGACACUCUGCCGGGCUACGCCAGCCCAGGACGAGUCUCGACGGGAGCACGACCCGAUUCGCGCUCCAUCUAUACGACUUCCCCGACGCCCUCCGCAUAUAAAAACUCCAUGGACAGUCGACGGUCCAGCGCAGACACCACUCGCAAUGGGCACAACGGUGUUGCAGUGGACAGCCCGCAGCGCGGCGCCGGGUCCACCUGGUUCCCCAAGGGCGGAGACAAGGAUAACCCGCUCUGGCUACAAGGGGAGCAGAGCUACGCGUUCUACAACAAAAUCGCGCACGAUGCGAUGACGGUGCAGAGCCGCAAGCGAACCGAGGGCAACGGACUCCUCACUCCGAAUCGACUGUCGGUGCCGGGGGAGCGCCAAAUGAGCCUGGGCAGCGCGCUGAGCAGCGACUAUGCGUCGUCCAACGGGGACGGGGAAGACGGCGAGGUGUUGAAGUGCGAUAAUUGCCGAGGGACGAAUUUCCGAGCGACGAAAGCGAGGAAUGGAAAGCAGCGGACGAGUUUUGGAUAUGGGAUGAUUGAUGUAUAUGAGCAUGUAAUUAGCUGUCUAAACCACCACCUAACCACCAACUCUGAACUUCCACCUCCGAGCGGGCGCCGCAAAACACCAGAAAUAAUUACAGCUUCAGAUCACACCCACCUUCCUACCACACAUUCCUCCACCCUCACACCCUCGUCUCUUCAACCAAACCGAUCCUCGAUCUUAUACCUCCCCACUCAGAGGGAAUCUAAACCCGCCAAAAUGCCAUACCUCCCAACCUCCCAAUCCUACCUCGAACAAUCCUCUCUCCUCCUCCAAGCCUACCCAGACACGAGAAUCACAACAAAAUACUCAUUCCCGCGCACAACAUCCACCUCCACAUCCACAAAACAACAGCAACAACAACCACCCACCUCAACAGAAGACACCGAACCCAAGCCCCGCAUCGCCACGCUCGAACUCAAAACCUAUCACCCGGGAUCAGGCAUCUGUUUGAAAUACCGCACGAACAAGGGCGCCGAGGUGGGCCGGUUGAUCACCUCGUUGGGGAAGUUGGCGGCCGGGGCUGAUGUUGAGGGGUUGGGAUUGAGUAAUCCUACUGCUGCUGCUGCUCCUGCGGAUGUGGAGAUGGGGGAUGCUCUUGCUCCUCCUGCUGGUGCUGCUGGUGGGAAUGGAGAGGGGCAGACGGUGGUAGCUGGGGAUAGUAGUAAUGCUGGUGGUGCUGGGAAGGGAGGGAAAGGGAAGAAGAAGGGGGGGAAGGGGAAGAGGUGA